AAGCACAAGAAAAUGUCUAAUGAAAACUCUGUAAUGUCAUUGAUACAUCGCAUCUCCACUCAUCUCUGCCUUCAAGACAUAUCAAUAGCUUUAUUAGGUCUUUUUCUUUUCUCUUGCUUGCGAGCCAAGCUAACAAACAAAGGCGGACCAAUACAAUGGCCAGUCUUUGGGAUCACCCCAGAGUUCUUCCUCCAAAUUCACGACGUAUACGGAUGGGUCACAAGAUGUUUAACCAACAGCCAAGGCACGUUUCCUUACCAAGGAGUCUGGUUCAGUGGAUCCUACGGAGCCAUGACAAGCGUUCCCGCAAACAUAGAGUACAUGCUCAAAACCAACUUCAAGAACUUUCCUAAAGGAGAUUUUUACAAAGAGAGGUUCCGUGAUUUGCUUGAAGAAGGUAUCUUCAACGCUGAUGACGAGUCUUGGAAAGAGCAGAGACGUAUCAUUAUAACCGAGAUGCACUCAACAAGAUUCGUAGACCAUUCAUUCCACACCACUAGAGAGUUGAUACAGAGAAAGCUCUUGAAAGUGAUGGAGAGUUUCUCAAAGUCUCAAACAUCUUUUGAUCUUCAAGAGAUUCUUUUGAGGUUGACGUUUGAUAAUAUCUGCAUCGCGGGUCUUGGCAAUGAUCCUGGGACUUUGGAUGUUGAUCUUCCUCAAGUUCCAUUCGCUAAGGCCUUUGAAGAAGCUACAGAGUCUACUAUGUUUAGGUUUAUGAUUCCACCGUUUUUGUGGAAACCUAUGAAGUUUUUUGACUUAGGGUAUGAGAAGGGGUUGAGGAAAGCUGUUGAGAUGGUUCAUGGGUUUAUAGACAAGAUGGUUGUGGAGAGAAUCAAGAUGCUUAAAGAAGAAGGAACGUUAGAGGGAAACAAAUCUGAUGUUCUCUCGAGACUAAUCCUUAUAGAGAGUCAUAAAAGAGGUAAUGAGAAUGAUCGGUUCACGGUUAAGUUUUUCAGACAGUUCUGCACAAGUUUCAUCUUAGCGGGACGUGACACGAGUUCUGUUGGGCUUUCUUGGUUCUUCUGGUUGAUAACAAAACAUCCUGAAGUCGAAAACAAGAUCCUCCAAGAAAUAAGAGAGAUCUUGAGCCAAAGAGAGAAUAAUCUUUGUUACUUCACAGUCAAGGAACUAAACGACAUGGUGUAUCUACAAGCGGCCUUGUCUGAAUCUCUUAGACUCUAUCCACCGAUUCCAAUGGAGAUGAAGCAAGCAACGGAAGAAGAUGUGUUUCCUGAUGGGACUUUCUUGGAGAAAGGUUCUAGGGUUUACUUCUCGAUCUAUGCAAUGGGAAGGAUGAAAUCUAUUUGGGGUGAAGAUUGUGAAAUGUUUAAGCCAGAGAGAUGGAUACAAGGAGGACAAUACGUGAGUGAUGAUCAGUUUAAGUACGUUGUGUUUAACGGCGGUCCAAGGCUUUGUUUGGGGAAGACAUUUGCUUAUUUGCAGAUGAAAAUGGUGGCUGCUUCCAUCUUGUUGAAUUACUCAAUCAAGGUUGAUCAGGGUCAUGUUGUUGAGCCGAGAGUUACAACGACUUUGUAUAUGAAACAUGGUCUUAAGGUUAGGAUCAUGAAGAGAUCUCUAGAGGAGAAGAAGCAAGAGUCAUAAAGAAGAAAGCCAAAUCACCUAAACUUGUGCCAUGGAGCUUGUUACUAAUAUAUUUGUUUAUAUAUGGUUAUUGUAAGAUCUUCACUCUUUGUUCUAUCUUAAAGUAGAUUAGACACUUAUAUAAUCUUUAUUUGUGAAAUGUACAGUGUGUGUAUUCUGUGUAAUGCAGAUUAAAAUGUUAUAUA